UAUUUGCAGCCUGUGCACAUUAUGUUCCGAAAAGCUCCACGUGUGAAGACAAUGUGAUUGUUAGUUAUAAUGGUUCUGAGAAAGACAAACCUGGAGACUUUCCAGAAGAGUCACUUUGUCCUCUUUCCCCCUCUCCAUUCUCUUCAGACCACAAGGAUGGCGAUGCAAGAGCAUCUGCGUAUAAAGGAAUGCCACCGCAGUCCCAUCACAGCUCUGGGCUAUCAUACGGCUCGACGGGAGUGCCUCACUGGUUUUGCAGAUGGAGUGAUCAAGUGGUGGGACAUGGAGAGCGGGCGCAUGGCUCUGCGCACCAAAGAGCAUUCUGGCUGGGUCACCCACUUCCUGUCCUGGGUACCGGCUCGCCUGCUCUUCUCUGCUUCCAAUGACAGCUCUGUGCUUGUAUGGGCUGCAGGAGGCACUGUGCUUGACCGUAUUCUGCUAGGCUACCCCAUCUUCACCUUGGCCAUUAGCCUGGCUCGGCAUCUCCUGCUUUGUGGCAGCAAGGGGCGCCUUGUGGCUUUCCCCUUGGAUGAAAGGAGAGAAUCUGGGCAUGUGGUUCACAUGGCCCAGGGCUAUUCUGAACAAACGCACACAGACAUUGUGUCCUGCAUCUCCUGCCUAGACAACCAGAUAUACACAGCAGGAUAUGAUGGUAAGCUAUUGAUUUUUGACACCUAUCAGACUCUGGGUAGGAAAGUCCUGACGGCCAAGCACUGCAUCCGGAGUGCCCAUAAUGCCGCUAUCACACAUCUGCUCCUGGUACGUCACCAGGAAACCACCAGAGUGCUCUCAGGUUCUUUUGACCAGACUGUUGGCAUCUGGUCCCAAGAUGGGCAGCUGAUGCAGCGCCUUGGUCCCUUCACUGGCAACAUUACUGGACUGUGUUACGUGGCAUCGGUUGGCAUCGUCUGGAUUGCCAGCGGCACAUCCCAGCCUACCCUCUAUGAACCUCAGUCUGGGGAAAUAGUUUCACAGUUCAUAUCCACAUUCCAGCAGAAGAAGGAUGGCCCCCUUCUCCAACAGCUUUUCAGCCUGCCAGAUUCGAGGCAUGUGAUUGGCACAGCAAAGCCACAGCAAAUACUAGUCUGGCGCUAUAGUGAAUUGGGCUGCAUGACAGUGCUGGCCUGCAAACAUCCACUUGAAUGUUUAGCAUAUGCUAAGAAGGAACCUAUUUUGCUCUUCAGUGGUGACAUCAGUGGAUCAAUGCAAAAAUGGGAAAGGAGCUACAUAUCUCCCUUUAUUUACAGCAGGGAGUCCUUCCGCCUCAGUGAAGCCCAGCUGGAGCGACAAGGGCCCGGGCCCCAGGAGAGGGAUAAAGGUUGCAGGAAGGAGCUCCAAACUCGUCCAAACUCUCCUCAGAAAUGGAGAAAGGGCCCUCGUGAUCACCAGAGUAGCUACACUAGAGCCCGAAGCACAGCCAAAAGCACACAAAGAGAGAUCAUAGGCUUCACAAGGGCCCUGUUUGUUGAUCAACUGGAUAUUCUGGUAAUGUCAGCAACAAAUGGGAACAUUUAUCUCUGGGAGUUUGAGAGGUUAACUCCAUAUGCUGAUCUCCAUGUCCAGCAAUGUCUAUCUGAGCUGGAUAAGGAUGCUAGAACACUGGCUUCAACCUACACCCAAGAUGAGGAGGCUCAAGAACAUUCACCCUCUUGUAUAGCAGGGUUCACUUGCAGAAUGGUACUUUGUGGGCACACAGGCAUGGUGACAGCACUCACUUUGGCAGGUGAUUACACUGACAUCCACUUCCCCUAUUUGCUCACUGGAGGAUGGGAUGGAAGACUGUGUCUUUGGGACUUACGAAACCACUCCUUGCUAAAUGACUUCUCCAGUCUGCCUGGGAAUUAUGAGGCCAUCUUAGAUGUGGCCUAUUCCCCCAAAAGGAGGGAAUUUGCUUUCUCUUGUAGCACUGGCCAAGUUUUCAUUUGUGCAUUCAACCCUCUUUGCACUGACCUGUUACUCCUGACUGAGCUCAGUGGGCUCAAAGCCACUGUUGUAGCCUUGGUCUGGCAUCCUCUCAAGGACAAGUGGGUCUGUGGGACUGAAGAUGGCUCCAUUCGAAUCUGGAGUGAAGAUGGUGAAUGCUGUACACAAGACCUGACAGCCCCCAGGGGAAUCACUUGCCUUUGCAUUGACCAGGCCAAUGGCUGCAUUGUUGCUGGAGUCCAUGACACAAUUAGGUUUGAAUGGGAUCAUAUGGGAAGGGAUGAAAGGGCAGCCCAUCUUGAAUAUUUUUGGCUACCUCUUUUUCUCCUUACAGAGUUUAUGACCCAUGCUCUGGAGUGCAAGUGCAGACUUACACAGGGCAUCAAGACUCCAUCAAGAGUCUCAUCCAUGUACCAGAAAUGAAGCAGUAUGUGUCAGUCUCCCUGGAUGGUACAGCAUGCAUCUGGAAGGCCUAUCACCCAGAGGCAUAGCCUGAGGCCCAGUUCUGCUAUAACACUACCUAGUCUCUGAAGUCGGGGAUUCUCUGCAUCAACAUAAGUGAAAAUAUGAAUUUACACACCUGUUGACUGCACAAGAAAGCCUGCAAACCCAUGAGUAGCUGUACCUGUGAGAUACUCAGAAACAAGGAAAUAUCUGGGCAGGGUUUCCAGCCAAGGGUGAGGCUCUAUGUUGUAAUUAUUCUUGCCCUUCCCAUAAAUCAAUGUCCCUUUUGCCUAUCUUUCUUCCUUCUGUUCUUCCGCAUAUUGCCCAUCUAUCUAUCUAUCUAUCUAUCUAUCU